ACCGCUGUAGAGGUGGACCGAGUGCUUCCGUGUGUGUGUUCUAGGAAGUCACCUUUGUGUGUCUACAUGGCCUCGCUGGUGGCAUAUGAUGAUUCUGACUCAGAGACUGAGACCGAGCCUGCUAGAACUGUGAACCCUGAAGGUCAGAUGGAUGAUGCCUCUGAUGUGACCAGACCUUCUGGAACUGGUUUUGUCUCUGGUACAGUGGAUGUGACAAAAGAGGGGGUACAACCCACAGGGCACAGUCCUUAUAAAGACCCGGGGGACCAACGUCUGCCACUGGCUCGGAUCUGGAGAAGUCACCCAGGAUCUUGUCCCAGCCAGAGGCUACAGUGGCCCUCAAAGGACCCUGAUACCACCUUCCCCACCAGUGAGCCUCCUCGUCCUUUGUGGAUGAGCCGAGCUCCAGCCAGCCAUGUGCCCUUGGCAGCUGCCUGCUUAAAGCCAGUAAAACCUGCUUGGGAUGCCCUCCAUUCACCUUCUCAGACUCAAAGCAAAGUUGAAAGCACCGCUAAAAAUGCCAUCUCUUUUCAGAGGAAAAGGGGUGAGGACUGUGUGGUUCCCUAUACUCCCAAGAGACUGAGGCAGCUGCAGGCACUGAAUCCAGAAGCUGGUGGGGGCAAAGAUCUAGAGCCUCCAGGACCCCCUGCAGGAUAUGCCCCAGCCCCCCUCUGUGUGGCUCCCACUGUGUCUGAGUUCAUCCAGCCAUAUUUGAACAGUCAGUACAGAGAGACUAAGGUCCCCAAGAAAAUGCUUUUCCACCUACGAGGCCACAGGGGCCCUGUCAACAGUAUUCAGUGGUGUCCAGUCUUUUGUAAAAGCCACAUGCUUCUCUCUACUUCCAUGGAUAAAACCUUCAAGGUAUGGAAUGCUGUGGACUCGGGGCACUGCCUACAGACCUACUCUGUGCACAGUGAGGCGGUACGGGCUGCGCGGUGGUCUCCCUGUGGCCGGCGGAUUCUCAGUGGUGGUUUCGACUUUGCCCUGCACCUAACAGACCUCGAAACAGGGACCCAAGUAUUUAGUGGUCGGAGUGACUUCAGAAUCACCACCUUGAAAUUUCAUCCAAAAGAUCACAACGUCUUUUUAUGUGGCGGCUUCAGCUCUGAAAUCAAAGCUUGGGACAUGAGGACUGGCAAGGUGGUGAAAGGCUAUAAGGCAACCAUCCAGCAGACCCUGGACAUCCUCUUCCUCCAAGAAGGCUCUGAGUUCCUGAGCAGCACUGACGCAUCCACUCGAGACUCAGCUGACCGAACCAUUAUUGCCUGGGAUUUCCGGACUGCUGCCAAAAUAUCUAACCAAAUUUUCCAUGAAAGGUACACCUGCCCCAGCCUCGCCUUGCAUCCGAGGGAACCGGUCUUCCUGGCACAAACCAAUGGCAACUACCUGGCUCUCUUCUCCUCUGUGUGGCCCUAUCGGAUGAGCAGACGGCGGCGCUAUGAAGGGCACAAGGUGGAAGGCUACGCUGUGGGCUGCGAGUGCUCCCCAUGUGGUGACCUGCUGGUAACAGGCAGCGCGGAUGGCCGGAUUCUGAUGUUCAGCUUCCGCACUGCCAGCCGGGCGUGUACGCUACAAGGGCAUGCUCAGGCCUGCCUUGGCACCACCUACCACCCCGUGCUGCCUUCUGUCCUUGGCACCUGCUCCUGGGGAGGAGACAUCAAGAUCUGGCACUAACUGGCAACUGAGACCCUGCUCCUGGGUUGGUGACUCUGAAGUUGGCUGCAGGGGCUGCUCCCACACUGGGCCUCAGUGACUUGUCUGUAAAGGGGGGUGAGAAGUAUCUCAGGAUGUAAGGGCUGCUUAGUAAAAGCAUUUGCCAAAUGGCUGAUGGUGCCCAACCAAUCAGUGUGUACUCUGUAGUUUUUCUUAAUAUGAUUUGGAAAUAAACACAUAGCCGCUUCCUGUUGCCUUCCUACGGCAGGUAGGGGAGCUUGAGGUGGGACUGUCACCUCUGGUCCUGAGAGUGUUAUCCUCAGAACAAGUGGGUCUCUGGGUCUUCGAGCUGCUCAGGAACUCUGUGCAGGAGCGCCACAGGGCCCUGCCACUCACCUGCUCUUACUAGACACCAAAGCUGUGUUUCUGGUCACCUCUCUGGCCCUCUACCCUGCUGCUUGCGUAUGCCAAGGUGAGUGGUCUGUGCUGGCCACAGCCAUGUGUCUGUCCUGGAAGGGGUGAUGAGGAGAAGCAGGGUCCUAGAAGCCACUUCAGGGAUUGACUGGACUGGGUUAGGAAAUGUGGUGGUUUGUGUAAGAAACUCCCAAGGGCUCAUGUACUUAGUCACCAGGGAGUGAAACUGCUU